AUGGCAUCCAACGGCGCCGCCGCCGACUACUACCAGCAGCCGCAAGGCCAGCAGCAACAAGGCUACACCAAUGGUUACAACAACAGCGCGCCUUACCAGCAGCCGCCCGACCCUCACAAGCAAUACGCGCAACCGCCUCCAAACUACGGCCAGAACUAUCCUCCUCCAAAUGGCCCUCCCCCAAAUGGCGCCUACGCCGACAAGCCGUCGUUCGAUCAGGCAUUCAAGCUGGACAAACCCAAAUACAAUGACUUAUGGGCUGGCAUUCUGUUCAUCCUCGUCUUCUUGGGUUUCGUCGUCGUGUCUGCCGUCUCUAUUCAGGGAUACGCUCACACCAAAGGUUUCAAUGGCGGCGGUAUCUACGAUGGCGCCAACAACUUCGGCCUCACAACCAACACCAUCGUCCUGUUCAUCUUCUGUCUCUGCAUUGCCAUCGUCUUCAGCUAUGCCUAUGUCUGGCUCGCCCGCGCCUUUACCAAACAGUUCAUUUGGAUCACCGGCAUCCUGAACAUCAUCUUCGGCUUCGUCACCGCCAUUUACAUGCUGUCGAGGCAUUAUUGGUCAGGCGGAAUCGUCUUCCUGCUCUUCUCCAUCUUUAUGGUCAUCGCUUUCAUCAGCUGGAUCCCGCGCAUCCCCUUUAGCGCCCUGAUGCUGCAGACUGCCAUCGACGUCUCCAAGAACUACGGCCAUGUCUAUCUGGUCAGCGCAAUCGGUGGUCUGAUCGGCGCAGCUUUUGGCGCCUGGUACGCGGUGACUUUGGUCGCCGUUUACGUCAAGUAUGAGCCAGGAAACAACCCUGCCUGCAACACCGGUGCCGGUGGUUGUGGCAAAGGCAAGGUUAUUGGUCUUUUGGUUUUCAUCACUUUUGCAAUGUACUGGAUCUCCGAGUGGCUCAAGAACACUAUCCACACUACCAUCUCCGGCGUUUACGGCUCAUGGUACUUCUGCUCCAACAAUUUCCCGAAAGGCGCCACCAGGGGAGCUCUCAAGCGUUCCAUGACCUACAGCUUCGGAUCCAUCAGCUUUGGCAGCCUCAUUGUUGCCAUAAUCAACUGUCUGCGUCAGCUUUGCUCCAUCGCCCAGCAACAAGAAGCUUCCGAGGGCAACCUUAUCGGUACCAUUCUGUUCUGCGUCCUCGGCUGCAUCAUUGGCAUUCUCGAUUGGGCCGUUCAAUUCCUCAAUCGCUACGCCUUCUCGUAUAUUGCCCUAUAUGGCAAAUCGUAUAUUGCUGCUGCCAAGGAUACCUGGAAGAUGAUCAAGGAUCGUGGCAUUGACGCUCUUGUCAAUGAAUGCCUCAUCGGUCCCGUCCUCGGCAUGGGCGCCACCUUCAUCGCCUACGCCUGCGCUCUCCUUGCCUACCUCUAUCUCAUCUUCACCUCACCCGCCUAUAACCAAGACGGCGCUUACACCCCUGUGGUUGUUGCAUUUGCUUUCCUGAUCGGCCUGCAAAUUUGCAACAUCUUCACGACGCCACUAAGUAGCGGCAUUGACACCAUCUUCGUCGCCUGCGCCUGGGACCCAGAGGUCCUCGUGCGGGAUCACCCGGACCUGUACGCUCGCAUGAUCAGCGUUUAUCCUCAUGUUCAGCAGGCCAUUCAUGCCUGA